AUGGAGGGUCCGGACGGUACCGGAGACUUGUCUCCAGAGGGGAUGUCAGCUUCCCAGCGGAGGGCAGAGAUCCGGCGGAGGAAGCUGAUGAGUAACUCGGAGGAGAGGAUGAAUAGGAUCAUGGGGAUACAUAAGCCGGCCAGCAGCGAUGAACUUCGAAUUGAUAGACUUGAUAAACCAAACUCUCUACCGUUACAGUCAUCAUUGUCUAAGAGAGGGACUGUAUUUUCUGGUGAUACUGGCACGUCAAGUGAGCACUCUUGUGGAGAAGGCAUGGCAGCAUAUGUAGAGGACUUCAGCAAGAGUUCUGAUUUUAGAAAAGAUAGCAAUGGACUCCGAAACCGAGCAGAUCUAACUUCAGAGUCUACACCUAGAGGCUUGAACCAGUACUUAACAAGAUUUGAUGAAGCAAUGAAACUUAGAAACCAGCUCAAUAGUGAGAAGCCUGUUCCUGACAGUAGCAAUGGAGUAGAUGAAAUGGACGCUUUCCGCAUUUUUAGACUUGUGGGAAGUGCCAUUCUUGCUGUGUUUAUAUAAGAAUGUCCGUGUGCAAAUAUUUGUCCAUAUUUGCUCCAUUCCUCACAUUGCAACUUGCAUUCAUGGGAUUGUCCAAAUAUUUUCCAAAGGGGGAGAAAAAAACAAAGACAACUGUCCUCACUGCUGCUCUUUUAUUGUCUGGGAUUCCAUCUGAAGUGAUCAGUCGCUCACUGGAUACAUACAGCAAGAUGGCAGAUGUGUUUACAGACCUCUGUGUUUACUUCUUCACCUUCAUUUUUUGUCAUGAAAUACUUUUAUUUCUUGGCUCAGAAGACCCAUGA